CACUCCCCGUAGUGCCAGCGCGUGACUGCUUGACCACUGCUCUGUUGGCUGCACAGGAGAGCUUUCCAGUACAGGAGAGCUUUCCAGUAGAGCAGGAAGAACGGCUUUAGCGAUGCUGAAACUGGUGCUGUUGCUCCUGGCCACAGACUUCGCAGCCUCUAAUGAGUCACUCGAGUCCACCGAUUCUCAGAUCAUGAAGAGGUCUCAGUUCAGAACACCAGACUGUGGUCAUUUUGACUUCCCAGCAUGCCCCAGGAACCUCAACCCUGUGUGUGGAACGGAUAUGAACACUUACGGGAAUGAAUGCACCCUGUGCAUGAAAAUCAGGGAGGAUGGUAGCCAUAUUAACAUCAUCAAAGACGAGCCGUGCUGAUGGGCAGUUUGCAGAAGAGCAGAUGGAGAGCCCCUCUACUCCAGUGCUCCCUGCUAGAAUCCCACUCCCUUUUCUGUCCCCGCCCCCUUCUUUGCAUGAUAACUUGUUAACAGAACGUCUCUGGGUAGAGCCGGAAGACCGUGAUGUACAGUGGUUCAUAAACGUAAAACUCCUGUUCUGGGCUUCCAGCCUACAAUCCAGUUUAGUCCAGCUUCUGACCCAGGCAACUUUUGCAUUGCUUUAUUUCAUUGGAAUAAAAUGAGCAUUGAAGCCAA